CGGUCCCCCUGAGGCGAAGGCGGAGCUGCGGCGGCGGGCCGGGCCGGGCGGCCCCUCGGGGCUUGCGGAGGCGGGAGGUCUCGGUGCUGCGAGGUAGAGGUGGCUGUGCGUCCUUCUGCUCUCCGGGCAAAGGCCUGCGAGAUUAGGGUGUUUUUUGGAGUCCGCUGAGGGGGAGGCGGCUGGGCUGUCCGUAGCGCCGGGGAGCGGGGCCCGCGGUGAAAAGCCUGGUGCGGUUUGUGCUGUUUGUGGUUCUGUCCCGAAUGAAACCAGCCUGGAACUGGGGGGCGGGCUAGCUCCGUUACACUCCUCUGGUGCUAGAACUUGUUUCCAAUGUCAGGUUUAUUCAUGGAACAUGUUGGGGGUAACCUAGUCGUAAGUUUUGUGACAUUCCUGAAUUGCUUUUUAAUUCCCUAAGCCUGAGUUCGUGUAGAGCUUUUUACCUAUUUUUAUGAUGAUUUAGUUAAAUUUUUAUGAUUACCUAUUGCAAAGAUGCAGAAGUAAUUGCAGCCUUUUUUGGUAUGAACAAAACCCAGUAGAGCAGCCCUGCUUGUGUCCAGUGAAAUGCUUGCCAUAAGCCUCUGUCGUGGUGAAUGACCUCCUUACAACCGUGUGCCUAAUUUUUCUCAAGUUGGGUGUAUUCCCUUUUGGCUCUGGAUAACCGCUAGUUUAUGAUCCCAGGUACCAGCCUCCUUUGUUACCAUAGCUAAUUAAGUUCUCCUAGCAUUAGUUCAGUGCUAUUUAGAUGAUCUCAGAAUAAUGUAAACUUAGCAAGGCUUUGAGGAUUGCUGUCUGAAAUCACUAAUUACUCUUUCCCCUCCCCUCCUGCCCCCAGCCACUAGAGCCAAAGCAAAGUCUGAGCUGAGCCCACCGAAUGGUAGUUGCAUUAUUCUUGUAUGAACUGCAGCUGCUGGUGGGUAGCACUGGUACCCAGCUGCAUUUCUGUCUCGUUUGACUCUGACACCUGUUCUCUAGGUUUCAGUUUCCUCAGCAUUAGUCCUAAAACUUAUUAUUAGCCCACUGUUUCUUACCUGUUUCAGACUUAAAUGUACCAAGGUUGGGCUGGUUCAAGGAUGGUUGCCUAGCCACAUAUAAAUUUGGGCAUUAUGGAGCCUGUACCUUAUGGGUUUUUUUAACUAGGACCAUUUCUCUCUUUUUCCCAAUCAGCCCUUAAACUUAGCCAAGUGAAUGCUGCCAAGUAUAAAGUUUAAAUGUUGCCCCUGACAUCACCAGCCUUUAUGUGAGCUCAUAACUUGGUGAAUACACAAUUUUCCCAGCCUUUGGAGUUUAGUAAAUACAUCUAAACCAAUCCUGACUUCUAUUCUGUCAUCUUUUGGUGGGGUCUUCAGUCUGGUCUCCUCUGGAUCCUUUUAUUAACAUAAAUAAUAGGCUUACCCCACAGUAGCUGGCACAAGCUCUAAAAUGCUAAAUAUCUUUUUACAUCAGUGAGAUUUUUCUAUAUUUCAUUAGUUGUAUUUCUUUGUUUUACACUUUACCAGCUAAAGACUAAAUAUAGCCUAUGACAUUUACUGGCACAGUCUGUACCUUAACUGAUCUUUUUUUCUGACUGAUUUGGGAGUCCUUUCUCCCAAAUGUCUUUUGUAGAGAUAUAAACUUACAGUAUAACUUAACCUCACUUUCACACUACAGACUCUCUCCACAAUCAGCUUACCAACUGCAUGUUUAAAUGAAACAUGGUGAUUUUAGCAGGUACUAGUUCUCUGUUCAAACUGACAUUUCUUACGAACCACAAACAGAAAUGCGGCCUCAUGACCCAAACUAGCACAGGUCAUAGGCUUCUUAAAUCCUCUGUUAGAUCUGAUUCAAGAGGCUUUAUAGCCAGAAAUGCUGGCCCCUAACCUUAACUUGGUCUGAAAUUUUUUUUUUCUAAAUGUCUGUCAAAUCAAGCCACAGGAUAGUCAGGGAUGGAAGAAAGUUUCACGAACUAUUUACCCUGUUUCUAGCACUAUGAGCUUUGCUGGAGACAAUGUAAUUGUAGCACGUACCCCUUUUCUGCAUUUUCCAGCUCUUCAUAGGUAUCUUUGUAACCCUAGGGUACUUGGUUAAACUUAAGGUUCCGAGAUGUACAAUGAGAGCAGCAGGGUGACAGCUGACCUGCAAUCAAACUUAAGGGCAGCUUAUUGCCAACAAAGGUCUGAUACUUUAUUUUUCCACUAGCUCAAAGCUCAAAUUGGGCUAUUCUAGUGCUGGGUUAAGGGCUAGUUGAGAGCUAUAGUUUAGGGUUGGAGAGCUACAGCAGCUUAGGUGGAAACUGCUAAGGGAACACCAAAUUGAAGAGCUGGUCCUAAUAAACAGCUGCUUCUCUUGGCAGGUUUCUAACUUCAUUGGGCUAUGGUUGGCGUGGGGCUAGUUUCAGGGACUAGAGAACAGCAAGAAAUAAAGCAGUGAUCUUGCUGGAAAGGGAACAAAAAAAUGCAAUGGAGAAUGCAUUUUUGCCCUUGUGGGUCCAGACUCCCGUGGUGGUGUGCUCUCCCUGUUUUCCCCCUCUUCCCUCCCCGCCCUGGCUCCUGCUCAGGUCAUGGCCACCAUGGCCAUCACAUUAGUUGCAAUAAGUUGCACCUGGACUUUGAGGGAUGACUGGCAACACAGCCAAAACACUGUCUGGAGUGGGGACCUAGAUAUUUUGUUCCCAUGAGAAUAUGACUAUAGGUCAAUUAUGUUAGUCUAUAAAUAGUGGACAGCCCAAAAGCUCUUUGAGCUCUCCUGUAUGGCAGUGGGCUGCACGCCAGGAUGUCCCCUCUUGUGAGGACGCUUGCUUAAGGUUCUACUCCUCAAGGUUGAGAGAUUCCUUGCUGCAACAGAUUCUCGCUAAACCAAGUGGUUGGUACUAAAAUGAUAUGGGUGGCAGUCAUUGGUGAUUGGUUCAACCUCAUAUUUAAAUGGAUUUUAUUUGGCCAUCGCCCAUACUGGUGGGUGCAAGAAACAAUGAUUUAUCCCAAUCAGUCAAGCCCAUGCCUUGAGCAGUUUCCUAUAACGUGUGAAACUGGACCAGGAAGUCCAUCUGGACAUGCCAUGGGAUCUUCCUGCGUCUGGUAUGUAAUGGUCACAGCAGCACUUAGCUACACAGUUAGAUGGAAAGAUAAAUCAGCAGUUACCCUUCACAGAUUGACAUGGUCAUUCCUCUGGAGUAUUUUUUGGAUUAUCCAGAUCAUUGUGUGCAUCUCGAGAGUAUUCAUAGCAACACAUUUCCCUCAUCAAGUUAUUCUUGGAGUAUUUGCUGGCAUUCUUGUGGCAGAAGCAUUUGAGCACACCCCUGCUAUUCAGACAGCAAGCCUGAGAAUGUACAUCAAGACAAACUUGUUUCUUUUCCUCUUUGCCCUUGGCUUUUAUCUAGUCCUCAAGCUUCUUGAUAUUGACUUGCUAUGGUCUGUUCCAAAGGCCAAGAAGUGGUGUGCCAACCCAGACUGGAUAAACAUCGACACGACUCCGUUUGCUGGACUGGUGAGGAAUUUAGGUGCGCUCUUUGGCUUAGGGCUCGGAAUUAAUUCUGAAAUGUUCAUUAUGAGCUGCAAAGGUAAAAAUAGCUGUAAGAUAAGUUUCCGCGUAUUGUGUAUAGCUGCUUCGUUAGCCAUGCUGCAGCUGUAUAAUUUUGUUAAGAUCCCUACUCAUACUGAGUAUUUGUUCUACUUUCUCUCUUUUUGUAAGAGUGCAGCUAUGCCUCUGACUGUAGUUGCCUUGGUUCCGUACUGUGUCCACUCGUUAAUGAGGACAACUGAAAAGAAACUUAAUUAGAUAAAGUUUCCGAGUGGGUAGCAAUGUGGGGAUGGAUAUGAACUGUUCGAGAACCCUCCACACAGGCAGUUUUGCUAACUCAUUUUAAGCAAGGGGGAUGC